UUGUUCGCUAUAGUCUUUAGGCUCUUUUGUUCUCGUGAUGGUAAGUAUGUACCUACACAUACCACAUAUCCCACAGCAUACACGCAACCCCCCCACCUGGAGUCUCUUCGGGCACUUUGGCUACGUGCGUAACUUCGUCUUUUGAUAUUUCCAUCCCAUGCAACACACAUGGCGCAACUGACUCGUCAGGCAACACAACACACACACGCAACGCAACGCAACGCAAAACCACCCGCGUAUGGAUACAUCCGCUCUCUUAUUCAGGUGCUCAGUCUACUACACUCUCUCAUCAUGGUCUUUCUAGCCAAACAUUUCCUCACCUGAUAAAACCCCUCACCAACGCACCAACCCACGCACCCCCCCCCCUUCCCA